UACAUGAAAUAACACAUGGCAUGUGGUGGUUAACUGUGACGACGAAAACGAAGAAGAAGGUGUGCUAUUAUUUUUUAAUACAAAGUACAAACAGCUUUCGGAAAGAUGGGGAAACUCAAUGUGACAAUGUUGAGGUACCUAACACGGGAAGAUUUCCGGGUGUUGACAGCCAGAUGGGGAUGAAGAACCAUGAGAUAGUCCCAGGUUCCUUGGUAUCAUCCAUAGCAAACCUGAGACAUGGCGGAUGUUACAAGCUACUCAAGGAGCUUGUACGCCACAAGUUAAUUGCCUGGGAGCAUGGAAAAUUCCCAGGUUAUCGUCUAACCUACCCAGGCUAUGAUUAUCUAGCCUUGAAAUGUUUAACUGCACGAGAUGUUCUUGCAUCAGUUGGUAACCAGAUAGGAGUUGGUAAAGAGUCAGAUAUCUACAUCGUUGCCAAUGAUGAGGGAGAGCAACUAGCCUUGAAAUUACAUAGACUUGGUCGCACGUCAUUCCGUAAACUGAAAGAGAAGCGUGACUACCUUGGAAAGCGCCGUCAUGCUUCUUGGCUCUACCUCUCAAGAAUUGCUGCUAUGAAGGAGUUUGCAUUCAUGAAGGCGCUGUAUGACCAUGGUUUCCCUGUUCCUAAGCCGAUAGAUUUCAGCAGACACUGUGUUGUGAUGGAGCUAAUAAAUGCAUACCCAUUGAAUCAAGUGCAUAGUCUUGUUGACCCAGCAGUGACCUACAAUGACCUUAUGAUGCUGAUAAUGAGGCUUGCUGCUCAUGGUCUCAUCCAUGGUGAUUUUAAUGAGUUCAAUCUGAUGCUGGAUGAUCAGGAUUGUGUCACUUUAAUUGACUUUCCACAGAUGGUGUCCACGUCACACUCCAACGCUCAAAUGUACUUUGAUCGCGAUGUUCAGUGCAUUCGGGAUUUCUUUCUGAGACGUUUCCAAUAUGAAAGUGAAUUGUAUCCAAAAUUCUCUGACAUUAGUUUGGAGAAUUCACUGGAUGUGGAGGUAGUGGCUAGUGGCUUCACUAAAGAAAUGCAAGAGACACUUGAAGAGGAAACUACCCAAUUGAAAGGAGAGGAGGGAAAUGACGAGGAAGAGGGAGAUGAUGAGGCAGAAGACAACAGUCCUCCAGAGGAGGAUGACAAUGACCAGACUCUUGCAUCUGACCAACAUGUUGGCUCCUCGGGAGAGACACCCACAAUGAUUUCAGUUGAUUCAAAUGUAAAGGGUGUGGAUAAGCUGGAAGUAGAUUUUGUUAACGUGACCUGCCAGGAUGACACAGAGCCAACGAUUGGUGUCUUGAUGAAUGAGGCUGCCGUGUUGGCUGAGAGGACUCAUGAGAACAUUUCUAAUGAGAUUCAUGUCAGACUGGAAGAUCACAAUGCUGAUGAUGACCUGGAAGACAUCGCUGCACUAAACCAGCAGUACCGCCCUCACAGAGAUGCAGCCAGUCUCGCCCAUGUCAACCACCACACCCGACAACGAAGCAGUGACAGCAUCACCUCUGUGGCAACCAGUCGCUCAACGAUGGACUCAUCUGUGGUCAGAGCCAAAGUCAAACAGAGUCUGUUGCAGAAACAGAAAGCCCAGCAGAAGAGGAGGAGAACCAAGGGUGAGGCGGGGAUGACAACAGAAAUAAGAAGAGACAACAGGGAUAAUAUUAAACAGAGUGUCAGUGAUGUAUGGUUUUAAAGGUGAAAUAUUUAACAGUGAUUGCAAAGAGAAUCUUUACAAUGGAUACGAGAUUUGUGCUAGAGUUUGGUUUAUUCUUUAAAGAUGCUAUGUCAGAUUUUUGGCCCCAAACAUUAAAAAAUAGAUUUUUUUUUGAGUGAAUGGUAUU